AUGCACUCCCGGGGACGCACUGGCCGGCGGGGCUCGAGUACAGUAUCUGCUGGCCGAGCGCCCUGCGCAACACCACGCCGGCGUGGGCGAACAAGGGCGAAUGGGCGCGGCCCACUUCCCCUUUCGUCGGAGGGGAGGCAUCGCGAUAUUCCCCGGCCAAUGGCGGACACAGACAGUCUCAGCAGGUCCACCAUGGCAAUAGAGAUCAGAGGCUUUGUGGCGGAGCUUAUCGGCGCGCCAUGCCGGCUGGCCUUCGCGCGCACCAUUAUUGAAUUGCGAAAAAGCCGCACGGCGCCGAAGAUUGAGGGAGUGGAAGGAGGCCGAAGCGGGCGGGCGUCGACGUCUGAGGAGGCCGUUUUCGUCACGAUGCUUUGGACGGGCGGCGAGGCGAGGACAGCGAGAGGCGGGCUACGCGGCACGCAGGGGUUGCGCGCACGUGGGCAGCAGGGUUCUCGGGCCCGCGCUAGCCCGCUCUGGGAUGUGGGGCCAGCGCGACCCCUCCAGCACCCGUGGACCUCCAGGGCUGGUAUCCCAUCCCAUCCUAUCCCAUCCCAUCCCAUCCCAUCCGCCGUCCGCCGUCCGCCCUCCGUCCUGCGCAGCGCUCUGCAGAGCGACCACCACGCGGCAGGCCUCUGGUGCUGCUGCAGCGGCCCCUUGGCGACGCAAGAUACGGCGCCCUCCUGCAGCGCGACUGCGAGCUGCUGGCCUGAGCAAAAUGCCAAUCCCCCUUCUCGACGCCGGCCAGGGACCUGUCGAUCAUAUUGGGGGGCACGCAACAACGCCGGCCCAAAGCGUCCCUACCGGCUCUUGGCUCAUCUCUCUUGUGUAGUCGGGCUGGGGGCAUUCCCGUAAUCGUUUGAUGGACCUUUAUGCGAUCACCUCUGCCUGGCCGCAAGCGGGAGACGCUGAAGCCGUGCCUCUCCGGACGCCUUGGUGCCCCCAUCUCCCUCUCCGCGCCCAGUCUCAAAUUCUCUGUCUGCGACAUGGGCCGGUGCGCUAUGGGCCACCGCGGAGCACGCCGCAGUAGAGCCAAUAAACAAAGUGUUUCAAGAUUGUGCUGCACUUGCAGUGUUCGCUGCUCGGGGUGCCUGCAGCGAGCUGCAGGUGGGAGGCACCGUACAGUACGCAGGCCUAACGCUCCGCGCUGACGGACCAAUCCCAUGCAGGCCGGCC